CAGGCUUACCAACAUGAGCAAAAAAAUCUUUAGUCAGGUGAUGAAUUUCGUGUGACAGUUCUUAGUUUCAUUCUAAUACCAAAUAAUAAAUUAAAAAUUCUAAAAUGGCUCUUCAAGCUGCUGUAAAAGGAAAACUAAUUAGCGUUAUCGGAGAUGAGGAUACGUGCGUCGGAUUUCUGCUGGGUGGUAUCGGUGAAAUAAACAAGAAUAGACAUCCAAAUUUCAUGGUCGUAGACAAAAACACUCCAGUUAGCGAAAUUGAGGACUGUUUCAAGAGAUUCGUCAAACGUGACGACAUUGACAUCAUCCUGAUCAAUCAGAAUGUUGCUGAACUCAUCCGACAUGUCAUAGACGCACACACAGCCCCCGUCCCAUCUGUUCUGGAGAUCCCUUCAAAGGACCACCCGUAUGAUGCCAGCAAAGACUCCAUUUUACGUCGCGCCAAGGGCAUGUUCAACCCCGAAGACUUGGUACGCUAAGAACAUUAUAUUGCAUGGUUUGUCUGUAUAAAACAGACUGGCACUUGUAAAUAUGCCAAGACCUAUAUGUAACAACUAACAACUAAUUUAUUUGAAAGUCGCAUUUAAUCCUGUGUGCAAUUUCAAUCCGUAAAGUUAAUACAUUCCGCAACCAUUUUAUUUUCAGAAAUAAACUUUCGAUAUUAAAUUGUGUGCAAAUG